AAAUGGUAGGGGAAAUUGUAUAUAAGCUUUGACAUUGCGUACAGCGAGUAGCGCAUUCUACAGUUUACUUUAUUGCACAGUUGUUCUUCAGUAUUAUAAUAUUCGCAAUGUCAAAUCAAACCAAUAAUUUUCUACAUCAAAAUGGAUCUCACAACGAUUGCAAAAAUUACGGAUACUCCACUUCGAUGAAACGGACGUUUCAGCAGUUGCAACCCCAGUCGCAGCAGAAGCAGUUGCAGAUACCGCGCAACGCACGAAUCUUGGGUAGAAGAUACUCCAUAGCCGGCAAUUAUUUCAAGUUCCUUGAAAUUUGUGUACGCGUGGAUGAAAAUUUGCGCGUCGAGUUUGUCUUGGGGGACAAUCGUGGAACAGAGAUUUCUUUUUCAAUGACUACGUGGAAAGUGCUGGUGAAAACUAGAGAUUAUAUUCACAGUUACCUCGACGCGGACAAGAAGGAAAAACAAAUUGAUGAGACUUUAUCACAAAUUGUUACAAAUUGUUAA